GGUUGCAGUUGCUGAUGAUUUCACGUCAACAGCAGUGCAACACAGUGUGCUCCAAUAGCUGAGUACUGAAUGAGAUACUGCAAACCAGUGGAAAAAAAAAAGAGAGAGAGAGACAGCGUAUGAGAAGCAGUCAGAGAGAGACGGAGAGGAAAGCUGAAAGCAAGAAAAGUGCUCAGGCUAGAGGAAAGUCUCCCAGGUGUACUGCAGAAGCUUUUUGGAAAUGGAUGCAAGGACCAUCUGCUGCCGAUAGAUCAGGGGCUGCGGACUAAGGACAGAGAGAGUGAGCUUAUGGCUCUUUUGAAUAAAAUUGAAGUUCCACAUAACUGAUUUAUCAAGAUACAUCAUGAGUAUGCUCCUGCAUGAGAUAUUAAUGCAUGAACCUACAUUACAGUUAGAUACAGAUAGAGUACUGCCUACUGUGGUAUAAAAAAUAGAUAAAAGCAACGACAAUGCAGUGAACAUGGCAAAGAAUUUUGCAGUGAUUAUCUGAUUUCUGUUUAAAGAAAAAGAGAAGCAAAACACAAACAGCCCUUAUAGUACUGUGGAGUUUGUGAGGCACUGCAUUUAAUGCUGAGAGAUGCUAAACAUUAAAUCUGACAACAGUGAAAAGAGAGAUCAUGGAGAAGUCAAGUAGUGAGGAUUCUUCAAUUCACCGGAGUCCAUCUUUGGAUAGCAAAGAUUCUGAAUUUACUAAACCUUCUACCUCAGGGAAGCAAUUUGGUCGAGGUUUUACUGCUGGAGCAUUCUAUGGUACAGCUGGAUCACGCACACAGAGCCACACCGGGGUCGGAACUGGGACCGGCGUUGGGACUGGGACUGGCGUAAAAAGUGACAAAUACAGUGCACCCAAAGGCAGCAAAUAUGUGGUCUUUUACCUGGAUCUAUCCUUUGUUUUCCUUUUAGAAUUUAAGAAGUGCAACAUGGCAAGAGGCUGCCUGUGUUGUUUGAAAUACAUGAUGUUCCUUUUCAAUUUAUUAUUUUGGUUAUGUGGCUGUGGGCUGCUGGGCGUGGGAAUCUGGCUGUCAGUGUCACAAGGAAACUUCGCCACGUUUUCUCCCAGCUUUCCGUCGCUUUCAGCUGCCAACCUAAUCAUUGCCAUUGGCACAGUCGUCAUGGUGACCGGCUUUCUGGGCUGUCUAGGUGCUAUCAAGGAAAACAAGUGCCUCCUUUUGAGUUUUUUCAUCGUUUUGCUGAUAAUUCUCCUGGCAGAGCUGAUAUUACUCAUUUUGUUCUUUGUUUAUAUGGACAAGGUCAGUGAGAGUGCAAGGAAGGAUCUGAAGGAAGGUAUGAAGCUGUACAAUUCAGAAAAUAAUGUUGGACUGAAAAAUGCAUGGAAUAUCAUUCAAGCAGAGAUGAAAUGCUGUGGUGUGAAUGACUUUACGGAUUGGUAUCCAGUACUGGGGGAAAACACUGUUCCAGACAGAUGUUGUAUGGAAAACUCCCAAGAUUGUGGACGGAACUCCACUGAAUUAGUGUGGAAAACGGGCUGUUAUGAGAAAGUUAUGAUUUGGUUUGAUGAGAAUAAGCAUGUUCUUGGCUCGAUUGGGAUGUGCAUCCUCAUAAUGCAGAUACUUGGCAUGGCCUUUUCCAUGACACUCUUCCAGCAGAUUCACAGGACUGGUAAAAAAUACGAUGCCUAAAGCCUCUGAAACAUUAAUCACAUCAGCCCUUCUGUCUCACCAUAAAAAUGAACAAAUGGAAUGACCACCAAGAGUAUUGAAACUGGCCCUGCUGAGAGAAUCCAUCCUAUUGACUGAUCGACUUCAUCGUUACUUGUCUGAUUAUUAUCACAACUUGUGACUCAUUUUCUGUCCGUUUCACAUUUGCCAUUUAUUUGCCAAAGAGGGGGUGGGUUGUUGGGAAUAUGGACAAAUAGGUUUCUAUACUAAGUCAUGUAUCUGUUAGUAGAAUGUUUCCUUAAUUUUAUUUAAGAAAAUAUUUUGCUGUACUAAUUCAUACUAUCUGCGCUCAAAUGAUGUGUGUUCAACUUUAAGGGAGAAUUCUACAGUCUUCUGUUUCAUGUCCAACAUACUGGAAGACUUGGAAAAGCCACUCAAGCUGAGAGUUCUAGGAGCUGGAGCUGCUUGGUUUGCAGCUUCUUGUACCUUAUGGUGUAUACUUUUUUAUUAUAAUGAUUAUUAUCAUUAUGGUGGAUGUAGCUUAGAAUUUAGUUUCCUGUUCUAUAACUUUUUACACUUUUUGUUUUUACAUGUUUAUUGUACAUUAAUUUGGGAACCACUGUGCAAUCUCCAGAGGACGUGUUUUUCAAAGCUGGCAGUUGGUGGGGGCAAAUAAAGACACAACAAGUCCAUGAAAAAGCAUCUUUCACUUUUGUCAGGACCUUAAUGCCCUUACUGUAUCAAAGGUGGUCCUUUCAAAUCAGAGGUGCUUUUCCUUGAACAGAAUGCAAUGCCCUCCCAUUGGGCCAGAUGGCAAGCUUCCUACUCCUGUGAGGCUAAGUUCUAAUGCCUUUACCCACCCAAAGCAAUCUCUGGCUUUCUAAUUGCUGCCCCUCACUGAGUGCUUUGAUGUCACCCUACUUCAAAGGCUAAAAGUAUUUACUGAGCAGGUGGUUGCUCCCUGGCACAAAGGACAGAAUUGCAAUCUGACCUGCUGGGCAGUCGACUUUACAAGCUCUGUUGUCAAUUUCCAAUAUACCACCCAAGGCAUGAUAUGCUAUUGGGUAUGAGAAAGAGAGAUGGCAAUUUGGUUGGUGCCUGUGUCAUAUCAUGCCCUUCAUUAAAGAGAGUUCCUCAGACAGAUGACAGCUGUCUCCCUGAGCUGACAAGGUGGCUUUGGGCAGUGAGGAAGGUAAGGUUGGUUAAAGGUGAGCAGCUGUUUCAGGAAAGGGGAGAUUUCUGAAACAGCACUUGGAGCCAAUAUUUAUUUUCACACCUCCAGCAUAGAAUUAUGUUCUAUGAGUUCUUGCUGGAGGGUUGCCAAGUCCACCCAGUGUGGUAGUUCAGAGAUGCAUAUUUUUACCAACAUUCCUGCUAGCAAACCUGAGUAUGUAUUUCUCUAGUUUGAAUGUUGCUUUGCUGCAAGCAGCCCCCAUUUGCAGAGGUCUUUUUUAAGUUUAGUUGCUUUGUGAAGGAAGGAAGCAUCACCCAUUGGAGGAUGCCCUGUCAGGGCUCAACUCAGCAUUCAAAGGAACACAAUGUUUUUUGCAUUAGUAGCAGUCAGAAGGGACCUUCAAAGGUUACUUCAUCUGAUGUAAUCCUAAAGGGGGACUGUGACCCAUAGAGAUGGGGUUGACUGUGACAUUGUGAGACUGAAUCUCAGAAACUGCUGAGGAUGGUGAUUUUGUGCCGCUGUGGUAUUCGUUUCAGUACCAUGGCAUGUCAAACUAACCUUCUGGUACAGAAGUUUCUUCUAAUAUCCAGUCUGAAUAUUUUUAUUUUAAACUCUUAGAAUACAUUGUUUUUAAUGUAUCCUUCAGCUGAUCUUUUGCUGGUGGGCUGAAAUAUCUCUUGGGCCAGUUCCUGUCUGGGAAGUGUUAGCUCCAUGUUUAUCUUCUUAUCAGGUCCUGCAUACAUCUGGCAAUAAUGUUUUGUGUAGACUAUAUGUCAUUUUCAAGUUCCUAUGAAGUCAGCAUGACAGGAAGAAGUACGGGAGAUGCAGAUGAAUUUUAGUGUUGCAGUGAAAGAGGAGGUUGUUAUUCUUAGAGCAUGGCCUUUGCCCACCUAAGCAUGGUGUCCAAAGUUUCUCAGGCUUCUUGUUUCCAACAGAAGCAGACAGCACCAUAUGGGCUCAGCUAUUUCAUUUGUGUUGCCUUUGAGUCAGGAGAGGAGUAGGGGAAAGCACAGAAACUGAAUCUAGGUUUACUUCCAUUUCUUAAAAAAAUAGUAAUAAUAAUAAUUGGGACCAGGAGCAUCUAAGCCCCACUGGAGAUGGGUGUUCCAUGUUGAAGAAGGGGCUCUGAUGCCCAACAUACUUGCUGCUACAUAUGAGAGUGCAUCCAAAGUUGCUAAGAUGCGUUCCCAUUUUUGCAAGACAAGAUGAUUUUCAUUUGAUGGAUUCACUGCUCUCUCCCUUUGGACAGAAGUGCUUAGCUUUCUUUGGAAAGAGGUGCUUAGGUUUCUCUAUCUUUCUGGGAUUCAAAAAGAACAGGAUUGACCAGGAGCAUUCAUAUCUGUCCUUUUGGGUCGCACAGUGGUACCUGCCACAUCUUAAAUUUUAAUCUGCAGUCAGUUUUUGUACAAAAAUGGUAACAUAUAUUAGUGAAAUAAUAAGGAAAUAAAACAUGUUUAAGAGUAACUCAAGAGACGAAAUGUGUAGUUGCAAACUCAGCUAUUUUGCCUCCCCAUCCAAACUUAUUUUUCUAGAAUGCUUCAUUCCGUUUCACGAUCUGAUAGCAGCAAUGACUACUUUUAGCAUUUUAAGCACAGUAUUAAGUGAGAUAUAGUUACACAAGCUUCAUUUAUGCAUCUCUACAAAGUCACCUACAGGAAGGGAGUCAAGGGCAGGCCUGUUUGUGUCUCUAGCUGACUCACUGAUGUGGGAGGAGAUGACCCUUGCUGAAGGGAGUAGAAAAGAUGCGAUUCUCCAGGCAACAAAAAACAGCCAUGGAAAGUGUGAGGAUGCAAUAGUCAGCCAGUGAGAGAAGGCACAAAUUGUCCUGUAAUUGCUUGAUUAAAGGAAGCUCUGUAUCAUGUAUGUAUGCACUUUUUCUUUUUGCUUUUGCUGGUGGGUGGCCAUCUGUAUUUUCCCCACAUAUUAGUUAUUUAACUACAAGUUUUUAGCAUGUUUUUAAAUAAAACCUGAUACUAAGUAAAAGUAUUUUUAGUGUACCCAAAUAUUGAUUUGCAUCUGUAUAAAUGCAUACCUCUCUAACUUUUGACAGCACAGUUCAAGUGUGUGAAAGUGUGUUUCUCUAUUUUAGACUGUAGUAUACCUGCUGUCUCAUUGUGCUUCAUUCUCUGAAGCUGUAACAGAGCUUAAGCAGAGAUAUAUUGGGAGAACUGAGCCAAAAGGAAAAAGAGAGGAAGGUUGGCUAUGGAAGUACUGGGCAUAGGGCACCUCUGCUCAAAAGCUGCAGGAGUAAUGAUUCCAUUGUUUCCUGAUAGUGCUAGAGCAGUUGUCAAAAAUCCAGAUGAAGGCCAUUGAAAAGAACACACAUUCUGCCCAAGGCUAAAUGGCACAUGAGAUAAGAACAAUGGCAUAAUGUCUCCAGGGUGACAAAAGAUGUGUAUGUGUUGCAUUGAGUGCCUGGACUACGCUCAUGUUAGGCCAGACUCCCUGUUUCACACCUUCCAUUAAUACACAAACUCACACACAGAAAGGGUGCAAGCAGAGGACAACAGAACUGAUCCCCAUGGUUUUUCUUGGGUAGUGUGUUGGGAAGGCAUGAAAAAGACAAGGAGGGAAAAGGGGUUUUCCUAGCAGAGAGUUCUUGGGAGGCAGGCAGGAACAAAUGGAAUAGGGCAUGCUUACAAUCCUGAUGUAAUUUCUUUCCAAAGAGUUGAGGAGCUUCAUUCUGUAGGUCACAUGGAAAAACAUGGAGAUGUCUGGCUAUGUGUUGGCCGUCUGUGGCCAUUUGUUGUGCAGUAGAUAAUAGAUACUAAGAGGUGAUGUGCCAUUCCUACCAGGUAAUGUUUGCACCAGUGUUUCUUCUAAAGUUCUACCUACUUUAGCCUUUAUACAAAAGAUUUAUAUUAGGAUGAUAAAAUAAUAAAGGAUUUUUUUUAAAA